AUGACUACCUUUAGGUUCUGUAGAGAUUGCAAUAAUAUGUUAUAUCCAAGAGAGGAUAAAGACCACAAAAGAUUACUAUUCGAGUGUCGUACAUGUUCAUACGUCGAGGAAGCAGGUGCUCCUUUAGUCUACAGACACGAACUAAUAACAAGUAUCGGUGAAACUGCAGGUGUGGUACAGGAUAUUGGUUCGGAUCCAACACUACCGAGAUCUGAUAGAGAAUGUCCAAAGUGUCACGCCCAUGAAAACGUCUUUUUCCAAUCUCAACAACGACGUAAGGAUACUUCAAUGGUUUUAUUUUUUGUUUGUUUAUCCUGUUCACAUAUUUUUACAUCCGAUCAAAAGAAUAAAAGAACUCAAUUUAGUUAA